UUUGAAUCAACCAUUCAUUCACCUCCCGUCCUCCUUUCAUCCUGAUGCUUCACUCGCUGCUGGUGCUGGCGAAAGACAACGGCGUCAACAGACAGGAUCGUCAAGACUCUGACUGCUGGGCGUCUAAGUUGCCCUCACAGCGUCUUAGGGACUGGUCGGUUCUUUUGUCAUGACUUCUAUUCUUCACUCGGCCCUGGAGGCCUCGCCUCUGCGCCACCUGUCGACGUCGGCUCAAGUCGCCGUUCUCGCCGUCUUGGCCCUCUUGGUCGCGGUAAUCCUCAAUGUCGCCCAGCAGCUGCUCCUGCCAAAAGACAAGUCACGGCCGCCCGUCGUCUUCCACUAUUUCCCCAUCAUUGGCAGUGCAGUCACCUACGGCAUUGACCCGAUCACUUUCUUCAGGGACUGCAAGGAAAAGUACGGCGACGUCUUCACAUUUGUCCUCCUCGGUCGUCACGUUACUGUUGCGCUCGGACAGAAGGGUUCUAACCUUGUGCUCAAUGGCAAACUCUCCCAAGUCUCUGCUGAAGAGGCAUACACGCACUUGACUACUCCAGUUUUUGGCAAGGAGGUUGUCUACGACGUUCCAAAUGCGGUCUUCAUGGAGCAGAAACGCUUCGUCAAGGUUGGCCUGUCUGUCGAGAACUUCCGCGUGUACGUGCCACAGAUCACCGAUGAGGUCACGAGCUUCGUCGCCACCGACUCGCAGUUCGAGGGUCUCAAGUCAGGUAAAAGCGUCACAGUCGACAUUUUCAAGGCGAUGAGCGAGAUCACCAUUUUGACCGCGUCACGCACGUUGCAAGGGAAGGAGGUACGCGAGAAUCUCGACAAAAGCUUUGCUGACCUAUACCACGACCUCGACUCCGGUUUCACCCCGAUCAACUUUGUUAUCCCCUACCUCCCGCUUCCAAACAACUUCAAGCGCGACAGGGCGCAAAAGAAGAUGUCGGACUUUUACAAGGGCAUCAUUGCCAAACGUAAAGAGCAAGGCGAGUCGGAGGAGAGCGACAUGAUCUCGGCGCUGAUGAGCCAGAGUUACAAGGAUGGAAGGAAGGUCACGGACACGGAAGUAGCGCACAUGAUGAUUGCGCUUUUGAUGGCCGGACAACACACUUCCAGCGCCACGGGGGCCUGGGCCUUGCUUCGCUUGGCUUCGCGGUCUGACGUUAUCAAUGAUCUGUACGACGAGCAGGUACGCGUCUACGGCGACGGCAACGGAGGCUUCCGCAGCUUGGACUACGACACCCAAAAGUCCUCUGUCCCAAUCCUCGACGCUGUCAUUAAGGAAACGCUGCGCCUGCACCCGCCUAUCCACAGCAUCAUGCGCAAAGUCAAGUCUGCGAUCCCGGUUCCUCAGAGCUAUGCCGCGCCCUUGUCGCACAAGGGCGCGAACGAGAACCGCUCGUACGUUAUCCCCAAGGGCCACUACGUCCUCGCGGCGCCGAUCUACAGCCAGCACGACCCAAACGUGUGGAAGGAAGCAGCAAUGUUUAACCCAUACCGGUGGUUCGACAAGGAUGGCGUCGUCAGCGCCGAGGCCGCCGAAGAAGGCGAGAAAGUCGACUUCGGCUGGGGCGUCGUCAGCAGCGGAGCCAACAGUCCGUACUUGCCGUUUGGUGCCGGAAGGCACAGGUGCAUCGGCGAGCAGUUUGCAUACCUCCAGCUCGGCACGAUCGUCGCCAACUUUGUGCGCACCUUCGACUGGCGGCUCGAGACAAAGUUUCCGGACCCAGACUACCAGUCUAUGGUCGUCCUGCCCAAAGCACCGGCAAAUAUCGUCCUCACCAGCCGCGCUUGAGCAUUUUCGAACCUCUCAUCGAAACUGCUCCUCGGGAUAAGGCAGUCACGCAUGCGUGAUUUAGGGCCGGGAUUGUAUCACAUCAUAGAGGUUUGCCAG